AUGCGAACCCCACAAAAACGCCCUACACCACCCGGGGCCGAGAACAGUAAGCAUUGUCUAUAUCACCAGAAUAUGGGUCACGAUACCGAAGACUGCACGACGCUUAAGGACCGGAUAGAAGAACUCAUCCAAGUCGGGCAUCUUAAACAGUACAUUCGGGCAUAUCGGCAUGAAACGUCUCCUGCCAGACACCCCUGUCCUUGGGAAAGGAGCCCCAGGAACUUAUCGCAGGAUAGAAGGACCGCUAACGAACGUACCACCCGCUGGAAUGAUCGCCCGCAUUAUCAACAAGGGCAGGUCGGAAGAACCGGAAGUCCCGAAAGGAGAAAUAGGGAUAGAAGCAGAAGUCGGAGUAGAAGUCGGGCCAGUGGGAGUGGGAGGCCGCUGAGAGGAGUGAUCAACACUAUCUCCGGAGGAUUCGCGGGCGGUAGGGCCUCAUCGUCAGCACGAAAAAGAAGUAUUCGCCAUCUGUGGUCUAUACAUUUCGUAGAAGUCCCCAGGAGGACGAUGCCCCCCAUCACCUUCUCCGACGAGGAUUUUCACGCACCUGACCCGGAACAAGAUGAUUUGAUGGUCAUUACGGUCGAGAUUGCGCGAUACGGGGUGAGCAAGGUAUUAGUGGAUCAAGGAAGCUCGGUUAAUAUACUCUACUGGAAGACAUUUAGGCAAAUGGAAAUCUCGGAUGACCUCAUAGUACCUUAUGAUGAACAGUUGGGGGGCUUUGCUGGGGAGCGGGUCGACACCAAGGGAUAUCUAGACUUGUGGACGCGUCUGGGGGCCGGCCGAGAAGGCGAGGAGAAGAGAGUAAGAUACUUACUGGUAGACGCCAACACGUCCUAUAAUGUCUUGUUGGGACGCCUGUGCCUGAACUCCUUUGGCGCCAUUGUUUCCACCCCCCACUUGGCGAUGAAGUAUCCUACCAGCCGGGGUACAAUUUGCACCAUCCGUGCUAAUCAAAAGGUGGCGCGGAGUGUUAUGCCGCAGGCCUUAAGAUGUAUCCUCGGGAAAUGA